AUGAGUACGGGUAAUCCUGCGCCUGCUCCUGUUACCCCGAAGCGUCGGCCCGUUUCAUACUGGACCACGAUCUCUUACAUCAUGGAGAUUCCAAACCAAGUUCAGGAGCGCUAUCUCUCGAAGGGUCAUUUGCCACUAACAAGAUCGAAAGAGCUGGAAUCGCGGAAGACGCCUCCUUUAUCGCCGUUUUCGAUACAGCUCAAAAUGUCGUCCUCAGCCGAGCGAGAGCCGGUCUGUCAUUUCGGGUACUCGAACAUGUACCUCAUGCUGAGUUCCAGGAUACUCCUGAAGAAGCCUUGA